UGUGAAUACAUGCAUGUCAUUCAACCAUCAUGUCACGAAGGGAUCAAUUAUUACAAGCAGUGAAUGAUAUACAAGGACAAGUAUACAAUUAUAUAGAUUCAAGAACAACGACUCAAUUUGGACCAGGUCAUCCCACAUCCUCCACUUCACAACAGCAACCAUCUUCCUCGUCAUCGGAUUCGACAGCGUCCAAUCUACCACUUUAUUCACGAAAGCCUGAUGAGAAUGCAGAUGCAAUUCCUCAAUCCGUUUUAAAUGCACCACCUGGUCAAGCACAAGCAGCAGCUGAUCAAAUGCCAAGAAAUCGAAUCGCUCGCGGGACGGGCAGAGAGGCCAGAGCAGCGGCAGCAGCAUUGCGUGAAGAACAAUUGCAGUCCGGACAAUUAAAGACCAAGCAUACAUUCUUAUCUUCUGGAGCAAGAAUUAUUCUGGAUAUCAAUACUGCAGUUCCGCAAAAGGCGCUCACGUUUAUGGGAGGAACGGCUGAUCGUGGAAGAGGACAGAUGAAAGGUGUUGUCACUAUACAUGCACAACCGAACGAACGAGUCUCUGCUAUUCGCAUCAAGAUCAAAGCUGUUGUACGGGUCUUGGUGCCCAGGACAGGAACACCUCAGCAACCAUUUCCAUUGGAGAACACACAUCCAGCCGUUGAGCAAAGUGUCGAGAAGGAGCUCUUGCUUCUACAACUUGAAUCACAAUUGUAUGACGCUAAUUCGGCUUCAAGUGUAGACAGUGCCGAUCCGACAAUGAUGCAUGUUGGGAAGCAUGAAUUUCCAUUUUCCAUCGAUCUGCCAAGUCAGACAGGUAAGGGCGAAGAGCUUCCUCCUUCCUUCGUCUUGAGUCCUCUUAACAAGCCUGAACAAGUCCAACGCCCUCCACCUAAGAGCAAGUGGGAGACUUUGACAUCUUCAAUACCCGUACCUCAUCUUGCGAAAGACUGGGCAAGUAUUAAAUGGUAUGCAAAGGUGACGGUAGAGAGACCGGGUAUCUUCCGAGCGAAUGAACGGAUUUUUGCUCCAUUUGUAUACCUGCCGCCUCCACCAAAGAAUCUGUCGGGAUUGGAAGAGCAAUUAUUGAGACGAUUAAGGUUAGCUGGCGAAGUGGAUUCUUUGCUUAGGCGAUUUGAAUCUAUGCAAGGCUCGAGACCAGUAGACCUACAAAGACUGGUAGAACCUCUUGCGCAAUGGGAAUCUAUCAAGCUGGCUUAUGGACAGACGAAAGCAAGUACGAUAAAGCAAAAGGUGCCGCAGGCAAACAAGAAAGCCGACAAACCGGGUUUCUUCUCAAAGAUGUUGUUUGGAACUCAAGUUGAAAAGGUGGCAGAGCGGUCUAUCUCUGUGGAAAAGGAGACAUUCACACUCCAUGUUCCCAAAAGGCCGUUCGUCUUUGCAUUGCGGUCAGGAAUACCGUAUGUUCUAUCACGCACAGUACAGUACUCUGGCGAUGGAGAAUUACGCCGAGAGAUGUUAAGCAGGGUACCUACUGUUGGCCUAUUUCAAAAGACCAACGUCUUUGCUAAAGGAACAAAAGGCCCAUGUGCAGGGACUACAUCUCGAUUUUUGUCGCCGGGCAGACAGCCACCUGACCUUCAUGCUGUACAAGUGAAGGACGAGAGAAGUACAGGAGCGAUUGGGAAGCCGUCAACGAGACGAAAGACAGAAUAUUGGCUUGGAAUCAUCGAUCUUCCACCGACCUGUGCCCCUUGCUUCGAGACACCAGUCUUAACAUUGGAAUACACAAUGGUCGUUCGUCAUCCACAAUCGCCAAAUCCGCUUCAUGUAGAGCCAAUCGUUUUGGUCUGUCCACCAUCUAGACCGGUUCGGAUCGCACCCAGCGCUACCUCUUCUAUUCGUGCUCCAUCACGUACCACUACGCCUGUGAACGCUGCCUCAUAUUCCCGUCGUCAAAGUUCGGGGCCGGCGGUGACAGCAAAUGCUGCGACUCCACCAAGCAAGAUUAUCAGUCAAACGAACCAAAACGUUGCAAGACCUGUGGCACCGGCGCCGAGUAAGGCUAAUCAAAAUCGGAUCUCCAGCAAUCCUACUGCGCCGAUAUCCCACUCUCCCAGACCGUCACAGCCAGGGACACCGUCCGGUCAUGCUCCACAAUCAGCGCUGGCAUCUCGACCUGUUCCUUCUACUCCUCCUGUUGUACCACCUGUACAACAGGCAGCCAGUAGACCACCUACUUCUACCACGACAACACAAGAUGAAAAGAGAGUUAUGCAAUCUAGACUCGAAGAAGAAGCUAGAAUGCAAAGACAUCAACAGAUUGGCUCAUCUUCUUCGUCCGCUGCAGGUAGUUCUGCCACCUCACAGCCGGCUUCUGUUGCAACGUCCUCUCAAGCACCUCCUCCCUCAUCAUCCUCAUCUGCCGCAUCUACAGCUAUGCAAUCUACAACUCAACAAGCUGCCGGUACACCAUUAACGGUUGAUGAAAGCGAUACUGGACAUUCUGCCGAUCAAUGGCAAUUUCAAGAUGAUGAAUUAACCGAUUUGCCACCAAGUUACUUUGAAGCAACAGGAAUGCCAGAUGAAGAUUGAUUGAUUGUUGUUGUUAUUUAUGGACUAUUUUCUUUCAUGUUUAUUAUACCCUUUCUUUUUUGAUUUAAUGAUGA